UGGAUGUUGAUCGAACCGUUCUUUAUAAAAUGAAGAAAUCAGUCAAAGCCAUAAAUGUAUCUGGUCUAGCUCAUGUGGAAAAUGAAGAACAGUACACUCAAGCAUUGGAGAAAUUUGGGGGCAACUGUGUCUGCAGGGAUGACCCGGAUUUAGGAACAGCAUUUUUAAAAUUUUCUGUAUUUACAAAGGAAUUGACUGCUCUCUUCAAAAACUUGAUUCAAAAUAUGAACAACAUAAUCACUUUCCCAUUGGACAGUUUGCUGAAGGGAGACCUGAAAGGAGUAAAAGGGGACCUAAAAAAACCUUUUGAUAAGGCGUGGAAGGACUAUGAAACAAAAGUUACAAAAAUAGAGAAGGAGAAAAAGGAGCAUGCUAAACUACAUGGAAUGAUCCGCACAGAAAUAAGUGGAGCUGAAAUUGCAGAAGAGAUGGAGAAAGAAAGGAGGUUCUUUCAGCUACAGAUGUGUGAAUACCUGCUGAAAGUCAAUGAAAUCAAGAUUAAAAAAGGAGUUGAUUUGCUUCAGAACCUGAUCAAGUAUUUCCAUGCACAAUGCAAUUUCUUUCAGGAUGGAUUGAAAGCAGUUGAAAGUCUCAAGCCUUCAAUUGAGAUGCUCUCAACAGAUCUUCAUACAAUCAAACAAGCCCAGGAUGAGGAGAGAAAACAGCUGAUACAGCUUAGAGAUAUUUUAAAAUCAGCACUCCAAGUUGAGCAGAAAGAGUCUAGGAGAGAUUCUCAAAUCCGUCAGAGCACAACUUACAGUUUACAUCAGCCUCAGGGAAACAAAGAGCAUGGCACUGAAAGAAAUGGUAGUCUCUAUAAGAAAAGUGAUGGAAUCAGAAAAGUGUGGCAGAAGAGGAAAUGCUCAGUUAAAAAUGGUUUUCUUACUAUUUCCCAUGGUACAGCUAAUCGACCUCCUGCAAAGCUCAAUCUGUUAACUUGCCAAGUGAAAACAAACCCAGAGGAGAAAAAAUGUUUUGACCUCAUAUCACAUGACAGAACAUAUCACUUUCAAGCUGAAGAUGAACAGGAAUGUCAAAUAUGGACAUCUGUGCUACAGAACAGCAAGGAAGAAGCUUUAAAUAAUGCCUUCAAAGGUGAUGAUAACACAGGAGAAAAUAAUAUUGUCCAAGAGCUGACAAAAGAAAUUAUAUCAGAGGUCCAGAGGAUGACUGGAAAUGAUGUGUGUUGUGACUGUGGAGCACAAGAUCCUACCUGGCUCUCAACAAAUUUGGGAAUUCUUACUUGUAUUGAAUGUUCAGGAAUUCACAGGGAACUUGGUGUUCACUAUUCCAGGAUGCAGUCGCUAACUUUAGAUGUGCUGGGAACAUCUGAACUUUUGCUUGCCAAAAAUAUUGGGAAUGCUGGGUUUAAUGAGAUCAUGGAAUUUUGUCUGCCGGUUGAUGAGACUGUCAAACCUAAUCCAAGCAGUGACAUGAAUGCAAGAAAAGAUUAUAUUACUGCCAAGUAUAUUGAGAGAAAAUAUGCAAGGAAGAAGCACAUUGACAAUGCAGCUAAACUGCAUGCUCUUUGUGAAGCAGUCAAAACGAGAGAUAUUUUUGGAUUGGUUCAAGUAUAUGCUGAUGGUGUGGAUCUGACAGAAAAAAUUCCACUAGCCAAUGGACAUGAGCAAGAUGAAACUGCACUUCACCUUGCGGUUAGAUCGGUUGAUCGUACUUCUCUUCAUAUCGUUGACUUUUUAGUACAAAAUAGCGGCAACCUUGAUAAGCAGACUUGUAAAGGUAGCACUGCUCUGCACUACUGCUGUUUAACUGAUAAUGUUGAGUGCCUCAAACUGCUGCUAAGAGGGAAGGCUUCUAUUGAAAUAGCCAAUGAAUCUGGAGAGACGCCACCUGAUAUAGCUAAACGCUUAAAACAUACACACUGUGAAGAGCUGCUUACACAAGCAUUAUCUGGAAGAUUUAAUUCUCAUGUGCAUGUAGAAUAUGAAUGGCGGUUACUCCAUGAAGAUCUGGAUGAAAGCGAUGAUGAUGUGGAUGAAAAAUUACAGCAACCCAGCCCUAAUCGGAGAGAAGACAGGCCUGUCAGUUUCUAUCAGCUGGGAUCAAACCAACUUCAGCCUAAUGUAGCAUCUUUGGCAAGAGAUGCAGCAAAUAUUGCUAAGGAUAAACAAAGAGGUUUUAUGCCUAGUAUAUUACAGAAUGAAACCUAUGGAGCAAUACUCAGUGGUAGUCCACCUCCCAUUCAGCCUGCGGUACCUGUUACAACAAGCGCACCUCCCCUACCUCCAAGGAAUAUUGGCAAAGUUCAGCCUUCAGUUCUUGGCAGUGGUGUUCAGACAACUUCUUCUAACACAAUGUGGAAGACUAAUUCAUUAGGAGUGGAAAGUAUAAGCAGGCAGAGAUCUUCCUCAGAUCCACCAGCUAUUCAUCCCCCUGUGCCACCAUUGCGUGUAACGUCUACAAAUAUGAUCUCCCCAGCACCACCACCUCCAGUUGCAAAGACAGCCAGUGUUAUAGAAGCUUUAAAUCAUCAGUCAAAACAAGUACAAGCUGUUCCACAAGCUAAGCCUAUACCACCACCACUGCCUCCACAACCUCCCAACAGAAUCUCUCAAAAAAAGCCUUCUUCUGGGGCUGACAAGUCAUCGCCCUUAACUAACAAAGGGCAGCCUAGAGGACCUGGAACUCUGCAACAGUCUGGAGAAUCUACCUGUGUAUCUGAAGCUCCUGUACCACAAACUGGUUCUGCAGCUAACACUUUGACACAGAUCCAACCACCAGCACCAAUGCCAAGGAAAUCGCAACUAUCAAAAACUAAACCCAAGCGAGUAAAAGCAAUUUACAACUGUGUAGCAGAUAACCCAGAUGAACUAACAUUUUCAGAGGGAGACAUUAUUGUUGUUGAUGGUGAGGAGGAUCAUGAGUGGUGGAUUGGCCAUAUUGAUGGGGAUCCUAAUCGUAAAGGAGCUUUCCCUGUUUCAUUUGUGCACUUUAUUGUUGACUAAACUGCUACUGACAAAUGGAGAAACUUCUCAUUUCCAAAUGCUGUAGAAAUCAAAUUUGCUUUGUUUCAUCUUCCCACCUGCAAACUCCUUGCCAGAAUGCUUUGGAGUCCUAGGUACUGUAGCUGACAUGUCAUUACAGCAGUUCUGACUUUGGAACUUAAAAAGUUUUUUUCUGUAUAAAUUUUUCCAUUAAUUGUUUACAUUAAAAAAAUAGUUACUCCUAUUAUCUUUUCCACGGUGAACUGAAAUACAUUAAAACAGUAAAAAUACAUGGAAAUGUGUGAACACUUAACUAUUACAAAUAUUUUUAGUUUAAAUUAAUUUUCGACUUUUUUAACCUGGAAAUACCAUAGUUCAGUGUUGUAUCCUCAUCCUCACUGAAAAUCCUAAGAUCAAAAACAGGACAAUGGAUUCAGUUAGCUCUGUGUAAUGUUUGAAGUGUUAGAGCCUAAACCUGCACGUUGCUGAGUACUUCUGAGUCUGGAACAUUCAGCACCUGGCAGUAUCAGGUUUUCAUAAAAGAAAAGGCAUCUAGUGCUGAAAAAAUCUCCCUGAACUCUGAACUUGGGUAUCUUGGCCAGGUAAAAGCUAAGAAAUCUUUCAGAUCACCAUAACAGGAGAUGUUUCUUUCAGAUUUGAUGUAGAUAUUUGCUUAAAGUUAUCUGAAAUCUGUGUUAGAUGUUGAACUUUCUAGUUCUAAUUUUGUGAGCUUGAGACCUGUUUCAUUUUCUAUGCUGCAUGUGUUCGUAAGCAGUUUCGAAAUGUCCUUUCCGUAUGUUGCAUCCAUUUUCAAUCAUAUUUGAUGUGACUACUGCUGGUUAAUUGAACCUAUAGCAAUAUUACUGAGUUACUAAAUUAACUCAAGGAUAUGAAAACUGCACUUCCUGAAAUGUACUUAGCUAAGGAUGAUGGAUUGCAGAACAUUUCUUAAAAUUGUAUUAUGGUGUUUAAUUUUUGUAUUUGAAUUUUCUUAGUCACACAGGAACAUGUUCACAUGCAUAGAACAUAUUUGGUGGAACACUUAAAUACUGUACUAAGGAUAUGUUAUCUGACAGCUCACAAGUACACCAUGUUACGUCCUAUUUCAUACAAUGUUUUAGGUGUGCCACUACUACCUUGCAAACAAAUAUUAGUUUGCUAACUCACUCUGUAUUUAUAUAAUAUAGCCACAUAUGGUAGCUACACUGUUGUUAACCUUGUUUGUUUACUAAUUUGUGAAAAAGGCUAAGCCAUUCUUAGUUCCCAGUUGAUUGAUGCAGUUCUACAAAACAUUAGAAAUCCAAUGUCAUUUUGAUGUUUGUAUAUUGCAAUACUGUACCGGUUUUUUUUGCUUAUGCUACAGGAAACAACUGAUGGCAUAGGAUUAGAAAAAUCAAUGUCUAGGUCACAUUGGCUUUGAUCACGUUUUGUGACUAUUGUAUCUCUAUAUUUAUCAAGAGAACUUUGAAUUUCUGACAAAUGGUGUAUAAAUUGGCCACUUCGUGUUUAGGGACAAAAAACAGCCCAAUGCAUAUGCUUAUAUUAAGAAAAAUCAAAUGGCAUUAAUGCUGAUACAGUCAGACCUACCCUUACAUCACCAUUCCUAAAAUGGUUCAGUGAUAGAGAGCCUGGUAUUGUAUGGGUGCAGCCAGAUACACAUUUAACUUUCGUUUCUUCUAGCAGCUGUUGUUGCAGUCUAUGUGAGGGAAUAAACUGGAAUGUUUCAGGAUACUUGUGUUGCAAAUUUUGAAACUAAUUAGUCUGCAUUUUCAAAGUUCCCAGUAAAAAUGAUAGAGUAAUAGUUUAGCACUACCAUUUUAUUCACUUACUGAUAUGUUCAGUUUGAGACACUUUUGUAUGUUUCUAUCCCAGAUAGAGUCUAGAAAGUAAAUGGGCAUAUUAUUUUGCACAGUUCUCCUAUGUACAGUAUUUUUUAACACAGAAUCUUAUAGUAUCUGUAAUAGCCUGCAGUCUUUUAUAUGGCAUCAAGGUUAAAUAUUGAUGCAAAAUUAACUUCAGUUGUGCUAAAAGGUGUACAUGUUCAGAUGUCACAAUCCUAAUUAUGGUUAUUAGUUUUCUGAAAAGUUCUGGUUUCUCAUUUUGUGACUAUUUGGUGGCACUGACUGUGCAGGAAACUAAACCCUUAACUAUCCAAUGAUGAAUUUAUAAGAAAAAAUGCCCUUGGUUUCAAUAAUAUGCUUUCGCAAGGUUUGCUCCUCCAGCAGAAAAUGCAUUAAUUUUGAAGACUGUAGAUACCUAUUUAUAAUAUAAAAUCAAGAAUAUCUGAUUCAAAAUUUUAACCUGUGUCAAAGGUGACUUCAAGAGAUCGUGAUUCAAAACAAUCUGUGUCUAGGCAAACUAUUAGGUUGCUGUGUUAACUGUUGAAAAAGGAGCAAAUAACAUUUAAAAUGCAGCUUAGAACGCUACUUGAGAUGUAUAAUAUUCAAUUCAGUCGUUUUAUUAUUUUGUUUAGUUGCAGAGCAACUGUAUAUAUUGUAUAACCUAAAAUCAACUCUUAUUUUCAAUGUCCUGAAUGCAGUGAUUUAUAAUUAGAGCAUGAUUAAUAAAAGAAUUUACUCUUGUUAACCAGUUAAGUGACUGGAAAAAUAAAACUACUUUUAAAAUCAGCUUAACUUUGGCCUCUCUUUGUACAGUUUGUGCCUCCGAAACAAAUAAGCUGUUCAAAGUAGGAGACUAUACAUGCAGCAGCUUCAGCACUGUGGAGUAUGGUCAUGUGUAUGUGCACUUAGAG